GUUGUUGGGUCACUUCCCAAGAUGGCGGAGGCAGCUGUACGUUGCUGUUAGUGAGGAAGUGGUCCCGGUUUGUAGUGAGCAGAUCUCGCACUUAGUCUCUGGGAACAAACUGCAGAAACAACAAAUCGUUAUGAAGGAGAACAAAGAAAACGCCAGCCCUUCUGUGCUCUCCGGUAACUUGGACCAUGUAAAGCCGUGCUGGUAUUGGGAUAAGAAGGAUUUAGCUCAUACUCCUUCACAGCAGGAAGGGCUUGACCCUGCAACUGAAGCGCGAUACCGCCGUGAAGGUGCCAGAUUCAUAUUUGAUGUUGGGACUCGGCUGGGAUUACAUUAUGACACAUUAGCCACAGGAAUCAUCUAUUUCCAUCGAUUCUACAUGUUUCAUUCCUUCAAGCAAUUUCCUAGAUAUGUUACUGGAGCCUGUUGUCUUUUCCUGGCAGGUAAAGUAGAAGAAACGCCAAAAAAAUGUAAAGAUAUAAUCAAAACUGCGAGGAGUUUAUUAAACGAUGUGCAGUUUGGCCAAUUUGGAGAUGACCCAAAAGAAGAAGUUAUGGUCCUUGAAAGAAUCCUUCUACAAACAAUAAAAUUUGACCUGCAAGUGGAGCAUCCUUACCAGUUUCUUCUAAGAUAUGCUAAACAACUAAAAGGUGACAAGAACAAGAUACAAAAGUUGGUACAGAUGGCAUGGACAUUUGUAAAUGACAGCUUAUGCACCACACUGUCACUACAGUGGGAACCAGAGAUUAUAGCAGUAGCAGUUAUGUACCUUGCUGGUCGUUUGUGCAAAUUUGAAAUUCAGGAAUGGACUUCAAAACCCAUGUACAGAAGAUGGUGGGAGCAGUUUGUCCAAGAUGUCCCUGUUGAUGUGCUUGAAGAUAUCUGUCAUCAGAUCCUUGACCUGUACUCUCAGGGAAAGCAGCAAAUGCCUCAUGGAUCACAACAGACGCCUCCACAGGUCCAGGCACAGAUUGCUGCUGUUCAACCCCAGCAGCAGUCUCAGAGUGCAGAGCCACAGGCUGCGCAACCAAAAGAAACGCAACCUGCUGGAUCCCAGCAACCUAAAAAGCCCUCCCCCCAGUCAAGUCCUCCAAAGCAAACAAAGAGACCCAUGCCUGUUUCUCCUAAAGAAGAAAGCAAAAGUUUGGAGCAGCCAGCUAAAAUUAUCAAACUUGAGACCCCACAUCCACCUUUACCCCCAGUUCUUCCUCCCCCUGAGAGGAAACCUCUGGUAACUGCUGCAGGUGACGCAGAUUCUUUGGGUGUUGCUGAAUCCGCAGAGUUGACAAAAAUUCAGAUUCCACCUCCGGCUCAUCCAGCACCGGUUCAUCAGCCUCCACCACUACCUCAUCGGCCGCCUCCUCCACCCCCUUCAAGUUAUAUUACAGGGAUGUCUACCACAAGCUCCUACAUGUCAGGGGAAGGCUACCAAAACCUUCAGUCCAUGAUGAAGACUGAGGGACCAUCUUACGGGGCUUUGCCCCCCUCAUAUGGACCUCCAGCUCAUUUACCGUAUCAUCCACAUGUCUACCCACCUAAUCCUCCACCCUCUGUUCCCCCUCCUCCUCCCUCUACAUUCCCUCCUCCAAAUUUACCACCUCCUACACCUGUGUACCCACCUCCACCUACUUACAACCCUAACUUCCCUCCUCCCAGAAUGCCCCCAAGUCAUGCAGUCCCAAGUCAUCCACCCCCUGGAAUCGGAUUGCCGCCAACCAAUUACCCACCUCCCUCUGGGCCACCUAGUGGUCAGCCUCCAGUUCCUCCCCCAAUACCACCACCUGGUAUGCCUCCUGUGGGGGGAAUAGGUCGUUCUGCAUGGAUGAGAUAGCAUGGUGAUCAGACCCAAAUAUGAAGAGUGUAUCUGAAAUGUAGGGUCAGAAUGGAUCAAAACUGCUUUUCAUAAAUAAGUAACCUACAAAAAAACUUUAAAAUAUUCUAAAUGCAGUUUAGUUAUGUUUAAAAUGUGUUGCAAAGUCCAAGCAGAAUUUUAUUUAAUUUUAAUCUGUGUUGAGAAGAACUGAAUCCUAUAUGACCACAUUAAAAGGUUAAAACAACCUUUGACACUGAAUGCAUUGUGCAGUUUAAGACUGACUUGAACAAAUGGUUACGUUGUUUUUGGCUGCAUAGUGUGGCUAUACUGAAAAGAAGCCGGUUUCUGGCAUUACAUCCUUGUGUUUUGUUUUCUUAUUGAGUAUAAUGAAAUCCGUUUGAUUUCUUUUCACUGUUGAGAGGGCCAUAUUGGCUACGUUAUUGAAAUUUAACAGGUAAAGUGACUGACAACGGUUUAAUCAUAAGCAGAAAAAUCAUUUUGCUUUAGUUUUCCAAUGUCUUGUUUAUCUGUUAAAAUGUUUUUGCAAUUUUUACAAGUUUGUGUAAAUAGUUUUUAAUGUAAAAGGCAAAAGUAACUGACUGGCAUCUAAAUCUGAGAUGUAACUGCCAUCUUCUAUCUGAAUAUUAAAAAUAAAUGCCUGAA